CUGAAGGGCAGUUUGAUAAACUUGACUUGCACCGCAGAUCACACCUACAUAGAUAUGAACAAGGAACUGCUCGAUGGCCGACUCCUAUUCGCGAUCCCAAAAAAAGGCCGAUUGCACGACAAAUGUCUCGAAUUACUCGCCGGCGCCGACAUCCAAUUCCGGAGACCCAACAGACUUGACGUCUGCCUAGUGAUGAAUCACCCCAUAGCUCUCGUAUUCCUCCCAGCAGCAGACAUACCCUCAUUCGUCGGAAAUGGAGACGUCGACCUUGGUGUGACGGGUCACGACGUCAUCCUCGAAGCUGAGAUGCAAGAUCAGGUCACUGAAAUUCAUCGGCUGGGGUUCGGAAAGUGCGCUUUACAAGUGCAGACACCGGAAAAUGGGCCGUUUAGAUCGGCGGAAGAUCUAGCUGGGAAACGCGUGGUCACGAGUUUUGAAGUCCUUGCGGGAGCGUACUUUGCCAAGAUCGAUGAGCAGUUAAACCUCACUGGCGACAACAAAACCAAGAUCCAGUAUGUAGGAGGAAGUGUAGAGGCAGCUUGUGCUCUUGGACUUGCAGAUGGUAUAGUCGAUCUUGUCGAGUCUGGAGACACGAUGCGAGCAGUCGGUCUGCAUGCUAUCGCGACAGUACUCCAAACAGAAGCAGUACUCAUAAAAUCAAACGUCCCGCAUCGCGCCCAUCACGCACCCCUGAUCGAUCUCAUUGCCAGCCGAAUAGCUGGAGUCGUGGCUGCUGGAAAAUAUGUUGUCUGCGAAUAUAAUAUUCGUAGACAAUCGUUAUCUCUGGCAACGACUAUUACUCCUGGUCGAAGAGCGCCUACGAUCAGCCCCCUUGAGGAGGAAGGUUGGGUAGCAGUCAGUAGUAUGGUCGAGAAGAAGAACAUUGCGAAUACUAUGGAUGAACUGUCAAAGAUCGGCGCAGAGGAUCUCAUGGUGUUCAAUCUGGAUAAUUGCAGGGUAUGAGAGUAUAGACGUGUUGCUUUAGAGCGGUUUCUGGGCCAAAAAAUGACAUCUGCAGAUCUGAUUUUUCAAGCUACUUCAUCGUUUCGACGUAUUCGUUGUUUCAAAUCGCACAACUAAGUGCGUGAUGUAGAACUCAGAUUAGUGCUACAGGGGAUAUACCAUGGUAC